AUGUCAUUCGAGCGACAAUUUUUUCAAUUAAAUUCUCGAAUUUUCGGAACUUCUGGAAUUGUUGGAAAUCUGUUUUCACUUUUUCUAAUUUUUUCGAUCAAAAAUUCAGAAACCAAUAAUUUUCGAUCAUUACUCAUAUUAUAUUGUUGUGUCGAUAUUUCUUAUUGUAUUUUUCAUAUUUGGGCUCAACCUGGUUUUGCAAUUGUUGAUAAUGUUUAUAUUUAUUUUUCAUAUUCAAUUACUGAACAAACUGUUUUUGGAAAAGUUUUGCUCGCAAUUUUUGCCUUUCUGUUCAUUGAGGUAAGCGCGUUCCUUAAUAUACUAGAGACAUUUUUUAAUCUGGAGCAGAAUUAGAAAACCACAAAAACAUUUCAUGAGAAAGUUAAUUAAUUUUUUGUGAGUUGAUCGAACAUUUUCGGGAUAAUAUUAAUCCAGUUCCUUCUUUGUCUCUAGAAAAUUUCCCAUGUGAUUAACUUUAGUUAAAUUCAUUUUCUCAUUACAGUCAAUCACUGUUUUGAUGACCCUUUUUGCUGUUCGUUUCAAUUCAAUCAAAAAUAUCCAAUCAAAAUCACCACAGACUUCAAUAUUUUUGAAAAUCUUUAUUGUUUUAUCAAUAUUAAUAUUCCCCUCACUUUAUUGUUUGGCAAUUUUUGUUUUGUGGGAGAAAAAAGGAGUAACGGAUGAACAAAUGAAUGAAAUCGCACAAAAAUUAUUGGAAACUGAACAUAUUGUUGCAUUUGCGGUGAGGGUACGUGAAGCUCAACAAACACAUUUUUCAUUUCAAAAAAUGUCACUUUUUUCGAAAAUCGCUGAUUUCCCAAUCGUUUAGAAAUAUAGGAAAUUAAAAGAAGAGCGCACUUGCCAAAUAAUGAACAUUUCAGACUAAUUCUACUGAUCCAACAGUCAUUCAAUCCAGAAAAACAUUUUCACUUGCUAUGUUGGUUAUUCUAUUUGAGGUGAACAAACAUCUACAGUCAUUCUCAAACCCGAUCAUUAUUCCAGAUUUCCGCAAUAAUUUUCUGCGGAGCUUAUGUCAGUUUAUCUCUGCGAAAAAUCUCAGCAAGCGACAAAACUCGAAAACUGCAAAAACAAAUUCUGAUUUAUCAUGUCACACAAACUGCUUGCGUCUUUUUCUGCUGCGGAUUUCAUGUAACUCUAUUCUCUAUUACUUCGUCUUCUGGAAAAUCAACUGAUAUAAUUGGAACUAUUUCAAGUGCAGCUUUGGUUUGGUUUCCAACUUUUGAUUUUGUUAUUUUAUGUAGUUGUUUGAGCUCGUACAGGUUUGUAAAACUUGUUUAACUUGAAAGAAUUCAUGUGGAAUUUUAGAAAUGCAAUAAAACGUAUCUACUAUGCUUUAAUUGGAACUGGUCCAAUUGGAACUAGCGGAACAGUUUCUCAAAUGCAAACUAAUAAUCAUUCAAUUGUUACUAAAAUGUAA